ACCACAGAUCGUAAUGGAUGUGCAUGAGUUUACGGACGGAAAGGUGAAGGUGAGAGUGGUCGGCGAGAGAGAGCUGGUGGUGGAAGGAAGCACAGAGAAGGAGGAAGAAGGAAACUCAUCCAUCUCCUCACACUCAUUCAGACGCCGUUUCUCCCUGCCUCGCCAAACUGACAUGGCAGCCAUCACUUCUGUCAUGUCUUCCGAUGGCAUACUAACAAUCACUGCACCCAAAGUGGAGGGUAAACAGGAAUGUCUGGAAGAAUCCAAAGAAAUAUCUGGAAAUAGAAGACUUAGCAAGGAAGAAGAAUCACGCGAUGCCAAAAGGCUCUGUGUAUCAAAAGUCUGAAAAUUCAUUUCCUCUGACCAAAAUGGGACUCUUUUUCCACGACUCCUUCUUCAAGGACUCUACGGAAGACUUUAGGAAAGCUGUUAGGGAAAUCCUGAGAAGAUGGGGAGAAGCGUCUCCGGAAGUCGAUGAACUGACCCGCUACAGAAUCCUUCGAUCCCGAGAUUCGCGAGAAGAGACUCAGGCCGUCACGUCUUUGGAGGAUGACCGUCAUCAUAAGUUUGUCAUUGACGUUCAUGAUUUUAUGGACGGCGGAGAGGUCAGCGCGAAGGCUGUGAACGAGCGAGAGUUGGUGGUUGAGGGUCACUUGGAGAAGAAGGGAGACGGUUCCAAGUCCAGCAAGCGGUUCCUUCGACGCUUCGUUGUUCCUGGAGACAUUCACUUUGUCCGCCCCCCUUUUUGUUGCCUGAGCUUGUUGAUCGAGACGCAUCACUCCGCGUUGUCCUCCGACGGAAUUCUUAGCGUUAUCUCGACUAAGAAAGGCAAAUCCGACGAGAAGACGAGCACCAAAGGCUUUUCGAGCGAGACGAGGACCCGAAUGGAGAACAAGACAGACAGCGGCCACAGCUGGGAGGAGAAAAACGUGGCAGAGUCUUCGAAAGAGGCCGACGGUUACAGCGUCCGCACGUUCGCCUCUAGUUCCCGCGCUCACCACCAUCAUUCCUACACGAACCAUUUCUAA